GUACACGGCGACCCCAGGAGAGUGGCCUACCCUACAGACAGCAAGGGCCACUUUUGUGGCCAGAAGGGCACCCCCAAUGAAAACAAGACCAUUUUGUUUUACUAUAACCUGCUCAGCUGUACUAGUCCCUCUGUGAUGGUAAACCUACAGUGCCCCACCACACAGAUUUGUGUCUCAAAGUGCCCAGAAAAAUUUUUAACUUACCUAGACAUGCAGUUUACAUACAAGAAAGACAAAAAAUAUUGGACAUACUACAGACAGUUCUGCAAGUCUAUGACUGUACAGCCUGCCAAGACUCUUGCACAACUUUUAAUUGAUGAUGAUUGUCCAUCAGCAAUUUUUCCAAGCAAACCUUUUCUCCAGAGAUGUUUCCCUGACUUCUCUGUUAGAAAUGGCACUUUAACAAUAGGAAAUAAGACAAAGUUCCAAGAUGGAAGUGGAAAGACAAGAAAUGCUAUAGAACUGAGAGAAGCUGCAAAUCAUAUCAAUAAAAUCCUUGAUUCAAGGACAAUUGGAAUGAAAGUGUUUGAAGAUUAUGCAACAAGUUGGUAUUGGAUUCUCAUUGGCUUCACUAUCGCCAUGUUCCUCAGCUGGCUGUUUGUGCUACUUCUGAGGUAUACAGCUGGAUUCCUCUUCUGGGUCUUCGUGUUGGGUGUGAUUGGCAUUAUAGGCUAUGGAAUAUGGCACUGUUACCAACAAUACUGCAAACUUCAGGGAAACCCAAACUCUCAGUUAACUGUGUAUGACAUCGGGCUUCAGAUUGACUUAAGCAUGUACUUUCAACUGAAACAGACAUGGUUUGCAUUUAUGAUAAUACUCUGCAUCCUUGAAGUGCUUGUCAUCAUCAUGCUGAUUUUCCUCAGGCACCGAAUUCGCAUCUCCAUAGCCCUGCUGAAGGAAGGGAGCAAAGCCAUUGGAUACAUCCCUACUACAUUAUUUUAUCCAUUUUUUACUUUCAUUUUCCUCUCAAUCUGCAUUUCCUACUGGGCUGUGAUAGCAAUUUACUUGGCUACAUCAGGGGAACCUGUAUAUAAAGUCAUAGCUGCAGAAGGAAAAUGUAAAUAUGAAAAUAAUACCUGUGACCCAGAGGUUUUUAAUAGAACCGAUAUUCCCAAAGUUUGCCCUGGGGCUCAGUGUAACUUUGCUUUCUAUGGUGGAUCGACCCUGUACCAUCAAUAUAUCACUACAUUCCAGAUAUUCAAUCUAUUUAUCUUUCUCUGGCUUAUAAACUUUGUCAUUGCAUUGGGUCAGUGCGCCCUUGCUGGUGCCUUUGCUACUUAUUACUGGACCAUGAAAAAACCUGACGACCUCCCAUCAUUUCCACUUUUUACUUCCUUUGGAAGAGCCAUUCGAUAUCACACAGGAUCCUUAGCAUUUGGAGCUUUAAUUCUUGCACUAGUCCAACUCUUUAAAUGUGUCAUAGAAUAUAUAGAUAGACGUAUUAAAGGUGCCCAAAACAACUUUGCUAGAUUCCUACAGUGCUGCUUGGUUUGCUGUUUCUGGUGCUUUGACAAAGCGGUGAAGUUUUUGAACAGAAAUGCCUAUGUUAUGAUUGCAAUAUAUGGCAAAAACUUCUGCUUUUCAGCAAGAGAUGCUUUCAAUCUGCUGAUGAGAAAUAUUUUAAAAGUUGCAGUUGUAGAUAAGCUUACAGACUUUGUACUUCUCCUGGGAAAAAUUCUAGUUGCUGGGUGUAUAGGUACCCUGGCCUUCCUCCUCUUCACACAAAGAAUCCCUAUGAUUGUAGAAGGACCAACAACUUUAAAUUACUACUGGGUACCUUUGCUGACAGUCAUUUUGGGAUCUUACCUAAUUGCACAUGGGUUCUUCAGCGUCUAUGCAAUGUGUAUUGAAACGAUUUUCCUCUGCUUCUGUGAAGAUCUGGAAAGAAAUGAUGGAUCUACAGAAAAACCCUACUUCAUAACCCCCACCCUCCACGGGAUUCUGAACAAGAAGCACCUAGUCUCCCAGAAGCAGAAAGAGUAGAAAAGCUCCAAACAGUGCCGUUCAUUUUUAAGUAGAAGUUUUGUAAAUUGGGCCAUUUGUAAUGUGAAAAUGAUAUCUCUGAGUGACAUUUCUGUACUUAUUCCUCAAAAGCCAGGACUU